UGGAGGGAAGCGUGCCAAACAACGAGUCCCGCCCCGCCUGCAAAAUCCACGGCGAAAUUUGAAUCCCUUCGCACAACGGCUCAGCUCUCAUUCUUCUCUUCCACCGACCACCCGACAACUCUCACGUCUCACAACACCAAAGCAUCCGCCAGCUACUCCUCCUGCUGCGAUCAAGCCGCUCUCGAAGCAAGCAGACGCUCCUCCGAUCCUCUCUCUUCUCCCCGCCGUGUCGUCAACAACCUCUCUCCCUCCUCUCGCUGCGGUCUCCCCCGCUCCGUUACUCCGAUUCCACCAGCGACAGGCGAACUCUGUGCUGCAUCGAUCUCAAGUAACACCGGCUUGAGGUCAGGUCGCCCGAUCGAGGAUGGGUUCUCUCGCCGAUCCGUACGCGCUACGCUGCGUCUCCGACCUGCCUCCGCCAUUCCGCUCUAUGUUCAGGUUCAGAUACUUCAAUUCCUUGCAGAGUGAGUGCUUCCAUGUAUGUUUCUUCUCGGAUGUGAACAUGGUUAUCUCGGCACCUACGGGGAGUGGGAAGACCGUACUAUUUGAACUCUGCAUUCUGAGGCUCCUCUCAAGGUUCCUUUCACCAGAUUGGAGGUUCAAUUUAAAUAAAGGAACUCUGAAAACAAUCUACAUUGCACCGUCGAAGGCGCUGGUACAGGAAAAGCUGCGGGACUGGAACAUGAAGCUGGGCCCAUUAGGGAUCAAUUGCUUGGAGAUGACUGGUGACGGUGAAUUUUGCAACACUAAAGCCAUCCAUGAUGCUGAUUUAAUACUCACCACUCCUGAGAAGUUCGAUUCUAUGAGUCGACAUGGUAUAAAAAGUGGUAGAUUGGGUUUCUUCUGUGACAUUGCUCUUGUCCUUAUUGAUGAAGUUCACCUUCUAAAUGAUCCACGUGGAGCUGCGUUAGAAGCAGUUGUCAGUAGGAUAAAAAUGCUAUCGCGACAUGAUAACAUGAAAUCUUUUCCUCUGGCUAAUGUUCGAUUAAUCGCUGUUUCUGCUACUAUCCCUAAUAUUGAGGACAUAGCACAGUGGCUCUUAGCACCCCGAGAAGGAAUCAAAAGAUUUGGAGAAGAAAUGAGGCCAGUGAAGUUGACAACCAAGGUCUUUGGUUAUGCUCCAGCUAAAAAUGACUUUCUUUUUGAGAGGAGGUUGCAGAGUUUUAUUUAUGAUAUACUGAUGCAACAUUCAAGGGGGAAGUCUGCACUUAUUUUCUGUUCUACGAGAAAAGGUGCACAAGAAGCAGCGCAGUGCCUUUCACAAACUGGAGCAUCGCUUGGCUAUUCGAAUCCAUUUAUGAAAUCAAUGCAGCAGUAUGAACAUCUAAAGGCGGCUUCCCUAACCUGUAGUGACAAGCAACUGCAAGCUUGCAUCAUACAUGGAGUUGGUUUUCAUAAUGGUGGUCUUUGCUUAAAAGACCGAGGUCUUGUUGAGGGGCUUUUCCUCAAGGGUGAUCUUCAAGUUCUAUGCACAACAAAUACUUUGGCACAUGGCGUCAACUUGCCUGCACAUACAGUUGUGAUAAAGUCAACACAGUUCUUCAACAAAGAGAAGGGCCUAUAUGUUGAAUAUGAGAGAUCCAUGGUGCUUCAGAUGUGUGGGAGGGCUGGACGUCCACCAUUCGAUGAUACUGGAACAAUUAUAAUCAUGACAAGAAAAGAAACGGUUCAUCUAUAUGAGAACCUUCUAAAUGGAUGUGAAAUGGUGGAGUCUCAGUUGCUGUCAUGUGCGGUGGAGCAUCUAAAUGCAGAAAUCGUUCAGUUGACAGUAUCUGACAUCAUUCUGGCGGUUGAGUGGAUCAAGUGCUCGUAUUUGUACAUCAGAAUAAGGAAGAAUCCUGAGAACUAUGGAGUUAAGAGGGGGACUCCUCAAGAUCUCCUUGAAAAGCAAAUUCAAGAUAUAUGUGUCGAUAAGAUUCAUGAGUUGGUGGAGUAUGGACUGAUUUGGACAGAUGAAGGAGCUUUCGUUUUACAACCGCUAGAACCUGGGAGGCUGAUGGCAAAAUUCUACCUGAAGUUUGAUACAAUGAAGCUUAUAGUCAAAGCUUCUGGCUAUUGCAGUUUGGAAGAUUUAUUGCAUGUCAUCUGUCACUCUGCAGAGAUAACUUGGAUCCAACUACGCCGAAAUGAUAAGAAGAUUCUAAAUGACAUAAACGCUGACAAAGAUGGUAGACUUCUAUUUCAUAUUGUCAUGAAGAAUGGAAAAAGGAAGAAGCGUGUUCAGACAAGAGAAGAGAAAAUAUUCUUGCUAGCAAAUGAUUGCUUAACUGGAGACUCUCUAAUCCAUGAUUUAUCCCUCAACCAGGAAACAAAUGCAAUAUGCUCAAAUGGAUGUAGGAUUGCCAAAUGCAUGCGAGAAUAUUUUAUAUACAAAAAGAAUUACAGAUCUGCCAUUAAUUCUAUGAUCCUUGCAAAUAGUCUGCAUCAAAAGCUUUGGGAGAGCAGUCCAUUUCUGCUGAAACAACUGCCUGGGAUUGGAAUUGUAACAGCAAAGGCUCUGAAGACUGCUGGAGUUUAUAGCUUUGAGACCUUGGCAACUGCUGAUGCAAGAAAGAUAGAAUUGGCCACAGGGCGCAAUUAUCCAUUUGGGAAUCAUAUCAAAGAAUCAAUGUCAUCAUUACCACCCAAAAUUGACAUACACAUAGAGGAAACUGGAAACAGACUUGGGAAAUCGACCAUUACUGUAACACUAACUCGUCUAUCACAGGCAGUUAAAUCCAGUAAACGCAACUGUGCUGACAUGGUUGUGGCCUCAGAGGAAGACAAUGUGAUCCUCUUUCAUGAGAAUAUAAGGACUCAUGAAUUCCACAGCCCAUAUUCUGUAAAAGUUUUUGUGCCAUGCCCCCAAAAUGCACGGGUGACUCUGAAGGUUGAUCUAAUAUUUGAAGAAUAUGUUGGUCUUGAUGUCCACAAGAAGCAUGUAGUAAGCAGGGAAGAUGGUUUGUACGUGACCAAGGAGCAUGGGAUAGAUAACCUUGAACCUACGUACAAUAUCCCUUCAGAGAUUUGUUUGGUUAGCUCCAGGACAACUCGAACAAGCCGAUCUCAAUCUCACACUGAACAGAACCCUCUUUCCAAAGAGGUUUAUGUCAUAGAAGAUGAUGGCGCUGCUGUGAGUGCUGUCAGUGCUCUCGAGAAAGCUGAUGAUGCAGUGGGAACCAUAAAAUUUAACAACUUGGCUUCACUGGAGGUCCCAAGCUUUGAUCUACUGCCUGAAGAAGAGUAUGGAGCUCCUGGACCAGCAGAGGCAGAAUGCAAAGGUGCCACAGACAGCACGAUUUUUGAUCACAUACGCAAAAAGUCCAAAGACUUCCCCACUCUGAUGCUAUCAAAAUCCAUGGAUUGCUCAUAUGAACCUCUUAUACUGAAGAAGAUGAAGAUAUCAAGGGACCAGUUUGGAGUAAAGCAUGGUUGUCUGCAUGCGGGUGAGGCCACCACAAUGGAUUUUGAUCCUGUUGAGCCUAGGGUCUCUCCAACCAAUACUGCUGAGAAGUUCCGCGGGAUCCUGGGUAGAAGUUCAGAAAGGAGUCGCAUGCUGUUUGGAAAAAUGGAUAGCCCGUUUGAGAAGAGCGAGAUGCUGGGCACGACGCCAGCUGAAAGUUCUCUUCGGUUCGCGGGUGGAAAAGACAGCUCACUGGAGAAGAACAAGACCCUGAUCAGAACUCCAGCUGAAAACUCUCUCCAAAUUGCAGCACGUGGAAAGGAGAGCAAGGUGAGCAAGGUGCUGACAAAUCUAGAUAAAAGCCCUCUUGGGUUUGCGGGUGGAAAGGAGAGCAAGAUGAGCAAUGUACCGAGCACUUCAGCUGAAAACUCUCUCCAGUUUGCAGCUAGGCGUGUCAGAUCAUCUGAGAAGAGCAAGAUGCUGACAACUCCAUAUGAAAGCUCUCAAGCGUUUUUGGGCGAAAAGGACAGCCCAUCGGAGAAAAGCAAAAUCCUUAUUAAUAGUCCAGUUGAGUAUCCUUUCAAGAAAGGAAGUCCAGGUGAAAAUCCUUUCAAAACAUGUAGUCCAGUUGAAAACUCCCUCAAAUUUGCAGCUCAACGUGACAGCCCAUCUGAGAAGAGGAAAUCCUGCAUCAGCAAUCCCCUUCCGCCCUUCCAGCAGGCUGUUCAAUGCACAAAGCAAGUAGGAGUUGCAGGUCAACCCUUUGAUAUUAAGGAAUAUUGCAAGGAAAUAUUGAGGAGCAGAAAUGACAGUCAAGGAGGCGAUCCUUUUGCUGGUUACAAGAGUAUCUUUUCUUUUCUAUGAUCUGCUGAACAGCUAGCAAAUAUGAUCCUGAACAAUGUACAUUAUGACACUCAAAUAACAGCUAGCAAUAAUCUUUUUCUUGUCAUUGCUGACCAUCUUCUGCCCAAAGUAGGAACAUAAAAUGCAUGUGAUUUGGUCAAAGUGUGUAAAGAGUUGCCCCACAAUUUGUGUGUUACAUCA